UCUUAAGCGCAAAUAGAGAAGAAGGGGCGCAACAAACAGCACUGCAGCAUUUUCUCUAAGGAUGAAUUUACAAUGUGUGUCUCAGCCGCGCUCCGUUGCGAUGCUGCAGCACGUUUCAAUUCCGUCGUGUUCCGUUAUUUUGUGACAUGCACAGAUCAAGAAGACUCUACGUACUAGUCACGAUACUUGCUUGUUUCUUGCAAGCCCAAGGCGCUGACAAGUACACCGACGAAAAUAGACCGUAUGAGUUCGGAUUCAACAUAGAGGGAGAACAGCACAGACAUGAGAAAAAAGAUGAAAAAGGCUUGAUCAUGGGGGAAUUUGGGUUCAUCACAGCUGACGGGGUGUACCACGUGACAGUUUACGCGACUGACGAAAAUGGCAAUUUCAAAAUUCUGUCCAUGAAGAAUAUCCGCGUAAAGCCAUAUCCAACAGGACCUGAGAGACAAGGUCACUCUUUGCCCCUGCCAUCAUCGCAACCUCAACCAGGUCAGCAAUCUCGACCAGGCCAGCAAUCUCCACCUGGUGGGCCACCACCACCACCAGGGCAACCAGCAGUCCAAACGCCAGCCAGAGACAUACCGAAACCAGUUGCAUCAUUGCCCGCCAAAACCUGCUCCUCUUGUAGUAUCCCAACGACGACCACUAUCAGACCACCACCAUCAAACAUACCGACGGGAAACCAAAAUUAUCCCCAACAAGGUUCAGGGAACUCCAAUUAUCCGCUACAAGGUGCUUCCAAUCCUAAUCAUCCAGGAUCGAAUUCUGCCGGCAAUUUCCCACCCGGAGCUGGAAAUCCCGACUACACAGGGUCAAACAAUGGUGGCAAUUUCCAAGCAGGAGCUGGUAACCCUAAUUAUCCUGGUUCAAAUUCAGGUAGUAACUUCCCACCAACUGGAGCUGUUAACCCUAAUUAUCCAGGCUCCAACGCAGGUGGCACCUUCCCACCAGAAGCUGGUAACGCAAACAAUCAAGGACAAAAUGGUGGAAACUACCCACAAGGACCCGGAGGAUCAAACUAUCCAGGGCCAAAUGGAGUAUCACCUCAAACAGGCAACAACCUAAACUACCCGGAUCCCAACUCGCCUUCUUAUUCUCAGGGAUCAAACUACCCCAAUCAAGGACAACAACCGGCCGGUGAAAGAAAUCCGAAACAGUUUGAACCACAACAACCAGGAACAUCUCAAAAACCAACUCUAACUUAUGCACAAAUGCAAAUUGUAGACAAAAAUACUGAUAUCUACAAGAAAGGACCCAAUGAAAGGGAUGGACUACCAGAUGGUUUGACCAAAAAUGAUAUGAGUCGACUCCUGUAUACUUUUAACUACACAGUAGGUUUCCACGGACACUUUGAGGAAGGUUAUACAAACGGCGCUAAGCAAGGUUACUACUUCGUAACGGGGAGAAAUGGAGUGAGAACCAGAGUAGAUUACGUCGCAGAUGAAAAAGGGUUCCGCCCGAAGAUUACUCAAGAAGUAUUAGACUUACUAUCCGAUGAUGUUCCAAAACCUGAAACUGAAAAGGAUGAGAAAUACGGUCUGAAUGGAUAUGAAUUCAAAUGGUUAUACUACCCGGUUGGCUCAUAAACUAAUGCCAUAAUUACGACAGUUUUUCAGUUACCUGAUAUUGUUAAUUUAAGUUUAAUUGGCUAAGAAUAUUUUUAAUAAGCUUUACCUGUAGAAUAUAAUUUUUAUUUGACACUGCCUAAUGAACUGCCAUAAAAAUGUUUGUAAAUACAAUCAAAAAUAAGAAA